GUAUUAACCAAUCAUUUUUCGCGUAACAAGUCGUACUUCACCGCUGCGGGAAAAUCAAAACAAAUUUUGUCAUAAACGUAAAAUGCUAGCUGAAAAGGCUCUUGAAUUGAUACGUGAGCUACAAAGGUCAACAGAUGGAACGUUGUCCCCAUUCAAUGAAGACAGAGUCAGACAGGUUUUAGAGGAAAUGAAAGCUCUUUUUGAUCAGAACCAAAAAGAUGUGAGUGCUACUGUGGCUGGUGAAAGUGGGCUAUUUUCAGGAGUUCAGCUAAGACAUGCUGCUUUAGAAAGAAAUAAAAGAUGUCUUCUUGCAUACUUGUACAACAGAAUACUAAAGAUCCGGAACAUGAGGUGGGAGUUUGGCAGUGUUUUACCACAAGACAUCAAAUAUAACCUCUCUGAACAAGAAGUACAGUGGUUUAACAAAUACAACAAAUGUUUAGCUAACUAUAUGAGAUCAAUAGGAGGGACUGGAGGCCUUGACCUUACACAAGACAUGAAACCUCCAAAGACAUUGUAUGUAGAGGUGCGAUGUUUAGUGGACCAUGGCGAGUUUGAAACACAGGAUGGAAAUAUCAUUGUUUUAAAGAAAAAUAGUCAGGUAAUCUUUACUUCAAAUUUAUCCAUUUUAAAGUGCUUUGUUUAAUUUGGAAAAUGAUAUGCUAGGGCAUGCAGAUACUACCAUGUCAGUCUGACUGUAGGUCCAGAUUUGUUCAAAUAAGUAUAUUUUUAUGUCUCCCCCAGGAGACAUAUUGUUUUUGCCCUGUCCGUCCGUCCUUCCGUCCGUCCGUCCGUCCGUACGUACGUACGUCACACUUCAUUUCCGAGCAAUAACUGGAGAACCAUUUCACCUAGAACCUUCAAUCUUCAUAGGGUUGUAGGGCUGCUGGAGUAGACGACCCCUAUUGUUUUUGGGGUCACUCUGUCAAAGGUCAAGGUCACAGGGGCCUGAACAUUGAAAACCAUUUCCGAUCAAUAACUAGAGAACCACUUGACCCAGAAUGUUGAAACUUCAUAGGAUGAUUGAUCAUGAAGAGUAGAUGACCCCUAUUGAUUUUGGGGUCACUCCUUCAAAGGUCAAGGUCACAGGGGCCUGAGUAUUGAAAACUAUUUCCGAUCAAUAACUAGAGAACCACUUGACCCAGAAUGUUGAAACUUCAUAGGAUGAUUGGUCAUGAAGAGAAGAUGAUCCUUAUUCAUUUUGGGGUCACUCUGUCAAAGGUCAAGGUCACAGGGGCCUGAACAUUGAAAACCAUUUCCGAUCAAUAACUAGAGAACCACUUGACCCAGAAUGUUGAAACUUCAUAGGAUGAUUGAAUAUGCGAAGUAGAUGACCCCUAUCGAUUUUGGGGUCACUUCAUUAAAGGUCAAGGUCACAGGGGCCUGAACAUUGAAAACCAUUUCCGGUCAGUAACUUGAGAACCACUUGACCCAGAAUGUUGAAACUUAAUAGGAUGAUUGGUCAUGCAGAGUAGAUGACCCCUGUCGAUUUUGGGGUUACUCUGUGAAAGGUCAAGGUCACAGGGGCCCAAACAUUGAAAACCAUUUCCAGUCAGUAACUUGAGAACCACUUGACCCAGAAUGAUGAAACUUCAUAGGAUGAUUGGUCAUGCAGAGUAGAUGACCCCUAACGAUUUUAGGGUCACUCUGUUAAAGGUCAAGGCCACAGGGGCCUGAACAUGGAAAACCAUUUCCAACCAAUAACUUGAGAACCUCUCGACCCAGAAUGUUGAAACUUCAUAGGAUGAUUGAACAUGCAGAGUAGAUGACCCCUAUUGAUUAUGGGGUCAGUCUAUUAAAGGUCAAGGUCACAGUGGCCUGUUCAUGUAAAAUAAUUUUUUGGAAAUAACUUGAGAACCACUUGACCUACAAUGUUGAAACUUAAUAGGAUGAUUGGACAUGCAGAGUAUAUUACCCCUAUUUAUUUUGAGGUCACUUCAUCAAAGGUCAAGGUCACAGGAGCCCGAACAGUGACUUGAGAACCACUAGGCCAAGAGUGUUGAAAUUUAGCGGGAUGACUGGACAUGCCAAGUAGAUGAUCCCUAUUGCAGCCAACCAUCAGUGUCUCUUUGACUUUCGCUCCUGACCCCUAUUGACUUCUUGCCUAUAGGACUUUGCAUUGGGGGAGACAUGCGCUUUUUUACAAAAGCAUUUUCUAGUUUUCUUAGGAUUUCACCCAGACUUACACAUAUUAUCAGGACUUUUAUGCAUUAUGCCAUGUUAAGGAGUUAUGUCCCCUUUGAAAUAUUGUAGUCAUUAUGAAUGCUUGUAAGGAUAACUUUUUCAACAGUAUACAAUAGAUCUGACUCGAUCAUACAAAAAUACGCUUUCAUGUUUUCAGAACAGAUAUGUAUGUACUUAACUUGAGAUAGGAGUUUUGGACCUUUGAAAUUUUACUAAAAGCUGCAUGUUUCUGUUUAUUAUGCCCCCACACAGGUCCCUAGUUUAGGAAUUAUUUCCCUUUGUUGUUACUAUAAAUAGCUUAUAUUGUAACUAUUAUUAUUAGCCGUACCACUUUUCUCUGGUACAACAUUCAUAUUGUACCCAAUUUUUAGGUGUAUUUUGACCUAUCGUUUUUAUAUGCCUGUCUGAAAGACAGGACGUAUAAUGGGAACGCCCCUGGUGGAUGGGCGGGCAGCAUCCACAAACUUUGUCUGGAGCAUUUCUUUUUCAAGCAUGGAGAGAUUUUGAUGUAACUUGGCAAAAAUGUUCACCACCAUGAGACGGUCAUGCGCAAGAACCAGGUCCCUAGGGCUAAAGUCAAGGUCACAGAGGCCAAAGGUCAGAUACAAGAAUGACUGUCCAGAGCAUUCCUUAUUAUACCCCCACCAAACAUGUUUGAGGGGGGUAUAUAGGAGUCAGUCCCGUCGCGUCCCAUCGCGUCCCGUCCCGUCGCGUCCCGAAAUCUAUUAUCUCAGUUAUUACCAAAUGGAUUUGAUUCAAACUUAAAAUACAUGUUCCACCUUAUCACCCACAUCAUGUGACACAAGGUGCAUAACUCUUGACACCAAGUUUUCAUGAAUUAUGUCCCCUUUUACUUAGAAUUUAGGGUUAAUUUUGCUGUAUUUUCACUCUAUCUCAGUUAUUACUAAAUGGAUUUGAUUCAAACUUAAAAUAGAUGUUCCACCUCAUCACCCACAUCAUGUGACACAAGGUGCAUAACUCUGACACCAAUUUUUUUUAUGAAUUAUGCCCCUUUUUACUUAGAAUUUAAGGUUGAUUUUGAUGUAUUUUCACUAUAUCUCAGUUUCUACUGAAUGGAUUUGAUUCAAACUUAAAAUAGAUGUUCCACCUCAUCACCCACAUCAUGUGCCCACAUCAUGUGACACAAGGUGCAUAACUCUGACACCAAGUUUUCAUGAAUUAUGUCCCCUUUUACUUUAAAUUUAAGGUUGAUUUUGAUGUAUUUUCACUAUAUCUCAGUUAUUGUACCCCCCGACAACAAAGUUGUAAGGGGGGGUAUACUGGUUUCAGGUUGUCUGUCUGUCUGUCUGUCUGUCCGUCUGGUCGUCUGUCCGUAGACGCAAUCUUGUGCGCACCAUCUCUCCUUAUCCCCUUGAUAGAAUUUAAUGAAACUUCACACAAAUGAUCAGUACCAACAGUAGUUGUGCAUGGGGCAUGUUAGGUUCUUUUAGAAAAAAAAAUUGCAGAGUUAUGGGACUUUGUUUUUUUGUUACUAUACUAUAUACAUAGACACAAUCUUGUGCGCACCAUCUCCUCAUCCCCUUGACACAAUUUAAUGAAACUUCACACAAGUGAUCAGUACCAACAGUAGUUGUGCAUGGGGCAUGUUAGGUUCUUUUAGAAAAAAAAUUGGCAGAGUUAUGGGACUUUGUUUUUUUGUUACUAUACUAUAUACAUAGACACAAUCUUGUGCGCACCAUCUCUCCUCAUCCCCUUGACACAAUUUAAUGAAACUUCACACAAGUGAUCAGUAACAACAGUAGUUGUGCAUGGGGCAUGUUAGGUUUUUU